UCUGCAACCAGACCACAACACCUCCACGGUCCAGAAGAGACUCUGAAGCAGCAGCAGCAGCAGCAUCAGCCCUCUGAACCCAGACCCACCACCCAACACAGACAUGGCCUCCAGAACUGUACUUCUGCUCCUACUGGCUGUCAUCUGCACUGGAUUUGCAGCUGGUGAGAUUCCAGCUGACUGCUGUCUGCAAGUUGUUAACAAACAUGUUCCUGCCAAAUUCAUCCAAAGCUACUUCAUUCAAGAAUCUGGGAAAGGCUGUAGCAUCCCUGCUACUGUGUUUACAACCAAGAAUGGAAAUGCACUGUGCGUCCCCCACCCAGAUGGACACCCAUGGGUGCAAAGGGUCAUUAAGAUCAUCGAUCAGAGGAAUUAAAGUUAAAGAGGUGUAGAGAGCAGUGUACUCUGGGAAAAGGUCUGAGCAUUGAAGAGGAUGCAAAAUAUGAGCCGUCACGCCGGUGGAUUCAAUUAGGGCUUAAAUACACAGUUUUGUGAAAGGGAACGAAUGGGAAUUUUAGAAAAUAUGUGUACUUUUUUUUUUUUUUUUUUUUUUUUUAUACUUUUAUAUUAAUAUAAAGUUUGUUUAAUGUGUGCGUGAAAAGGACAGUGAAACUGAGUUUUUGCCUCAUGUUUCCAAAAAUGCAAAGCCUGGAAACAACAUUUACAGAGAAACGGUUUUAUUUUAAAAACUGUAAGGUGCUUGUGAAAAACAAACUGAUCUAAAGAUGGAACAUUUCUGCAUGUAAAAGACUGUUACUACCACUAUUGUAAAUAAAGCUUGAUUCUUUUGUA